UUAAAUAGCGUGCGCAGAGAAGCGCUUGAACAGUUUGUCUGCGUCCAGGGUAGUAGAAGUGCGGGGUAUAGCCAGUGUCAGUAGUUGCUGACUGCUGGUGUUUCUGCUGCGUUGUUCAGUAGAAUAAUCAUGGUUGAUAUAUAAAAUUGGACAGAAGUGUCUCACGGUGCUUUGGCGCCUCGUGAAGACUUAGGAAGAUCAAGAAAAGGAAAUCACCAUCUUUUCCGUGUAAUACUUUAACGUCCCACCAUCUUCGUCUUAGGUGAAGGACUUGGGUUGUUAACCCUCUGAGAGCGUUUCAGAUCUUCGGAAGAAGCCUCUUCGUCAAGAAAUUUUGAGUGUCGAGAACUUUUGGAACAAAGAAAAUCUACCAAAAUGCCUAAGAGUUCCACUAGUUUUUACACCAGCAACAUGUCGCUGGCAAGUUUGGAUCGAGCCAAAGAUUUCGUUAAAGGCUCGUUGAAAGCUUUGAACAUCGGCAGUUCUAUGGAACAUCGGAUGGAAUGCGAGCAGCCGAUUUUAGGAACUUCAGCAAGUAAUACGUCUGUUAAUGGAGAGCAGUUGCAAGGCUGGACACCUCUGUUGGUGCUGACUGGGGUGGCUACAACUCUAGGUUCUUCCAUUCCCGUUGGCUACAACAUCGGUGUGAUGAACACUCCAGCACAUAUAAUCCGUGAUUUCUGCAAUGGAACAGUGGCGGAUCACUAUGGAAUUAGUAUGGGUCCGUCCCAGUUGAACAUCCUGUGGUCCAUCAUUGUGUCAAUCUUCCUAGUAGGUGGAGUGACUGGUUCACUGAGUGGCGGCUGGGUGGCUGAUCGCUUUGGAAGGAAAGGAGCUGUGAUAAUUAACAACGUUCUUGGUGUUUUGGCAGCCAUCUUGUUUGUAAGCUCACGACAUGCAGGCUCGGUGGAGAUGCUUCUUCUAGCUCGUCUCAUUGUUGGUCUCUCCUCUGGUCUUGUCACGAGUACCAUCCCAAUGUAUCUGACCGAGAUAGCUCCUGUUAGCAUUCGUGGGGCCAUGGGUGUUUUGUGCCCGCUUGGGAUCACUGUUGGAGUGCUAGUUGCCCAGAUCUUGGGGCUUAGGAGUGUACUAGGGCAAGAUGAAACUUGGCACUAUCUGCUGGGUCUGUUUGCUCUUCUUACCCUUUUGUCUGCGGUGGCUCUUCCAUUCCUUCCUGAGAGCCCAAAAUACUUAUACAUCGUAUGUGGUCAGGAGGAAAGGGGGAUCAAGGAGCUGUCUCGUCUGCGUGGUGCGGCGCCCGAGAAGCUGGUGGAUGAGUUGGAGGAACUGCGUGCUGCCCAUAAGGCAGAGCAGGAGUUGGCUGCCAGUGGUGUCUCCUGGAGUAUGAGGAGUGUUGCGUGUGCCCCAACCCUUCGUCUGCCUCUCUUGCUGGUGUGUGCUCUUCAGAUUGGACAGCAGUUCAGUGGAAUCAAUGCUGUGUUCUACUACUCAGUUACCAUUUUCGAGAGUGCUGGUUUGACCAAGCAAGGUAGCCAGUUUGCCAGCAUUGGUGCUGGUGGCAUAAACCUUCUCAUAACAAUCAUUGCCAUCCCUCUUGUGAACAGAUGUGGGCGCCGUCAAUUGGUUAUCGCCAGUUGCUGGACUGCAGCUGUCUGCCUAGUCAUACUUUGUGUAUCAAUCACUUAUAUUAAUGCUGCGUCAUGGAUGCCAUACUUCUGCAUCUUUACCGUCCUUGCUUAUGUUUUCUGUUACGGUUUUGGAUUGGGUCCCAUUCCAUAUUUUAUUGGCUCAGAAUUGUUUCAAGUGGGUCCUCGUCCAAUUGCCAUGUCUUUCGGCAGCAUGGCCAACUGGUGUGGUAACUUCAUUAUUGGAAUGACUUUCCCUAGCCUUCAAAGCUUUAUUGGUCAAUACUCAUUUCUCCUUUUUGCCACCACUACUGUUUUCCUCGCUGUCUUUCUCAAAUACUAUCUACCUGAAUCAAAAGGCCGUGAUCCAUGUGACAUAGCUGAAAUUCUCAAGUAUGGCCUCCGAAGUCAGAUACAUGCUCCAGUGUCAUCUUCCCGCACGAACCACCGAAAUUCAUCUAUUAUAUGUGCCCCUGAUGCAGUUAGCAUUUCAUCCCGCCAUCAACGCAUCUCGGAUAUUAAUCCGGAUUCAUUGGUUCUGGAGGUUUCUUCUCCUCUGUCGUCUUGUGAAGCUUUCUCUAACUCAACUGUGUUGAGCUCACCUGCUGCUAUAAUUCACCACAACAAUUCCUAUACAAAUCUUCCUGCCAUUCCUGAACUCCCAGGUAAGAACCCCAUUCUUCCUUCCAUCAUUAAUGAGUCUAGUCCUAGUGAUGUUAUGUCUGGUCAACCUGUGCGUUCCUUGCCUCGAAUAAUGCCAAGCAUACCAGAAAACUUGGCAGGGGCCAGCAGCCAACUGGAGGAAGUGCUGACUGUCACAGAUGGCUGAUCGUAAUGGUGUGUCUGAUGGACAGAGGGACAAUCUGUAAUCAGUUAUUUAAGGUUUACUGUAAGCAUGAAUCCAGUUACAAAUUUGGUUAUUGUGGCUGAAAAGUGGGAACAAAUUAGCAGCUACAAAGAAAGUUGAAUUGAUGUCAUACCUCAAUUUAUGAUAAAUUAUGUCUCUCUCUAAAUGGUAAUUUUUAAGUUAUAAAGCAAGAUGGGUUAAUGGUUAGCAAGAAGCAGUGGUUUAUAAGUACAACUACAAAAUAAUACUAUCAUAACUCAUUUAAUAAUUUAUUUUUCAUCACCCUGUCAGUCCGUGUGCAUUUCUAUAAAUGCCAUUCCUUGGACUAUGAUAGAUACUACGUUUAUAUAGUAACCAUAUUUAGUGUUCCAAGAGUUGAUUGAUUACUGGAUAUAGCAACUUCCCACAACAAAUCCAAUGACCUUUUAGAGGCAGGUGUUCCUUAACUUCAUAAUUCUGAUUAAAAUAUGCAAUUCCAGUUGUCUUUGUAUCUGGCUAUUCAAAAAAAUAAAGUUUGCCUAUGCAGGUCACACACUAUAUUAGAACACUGCAUGUAAGAUUACAGUUUUUCAAUGCAGUGAAAAUUCAGAUGUGUGUGCUAGGCUAAGAUUCUGAAUUUACAUGCAGGUGGUUAUCUGUUUUUGUCAAAUUUAUCUUCAAGGUAGAACAUGGAAGCAGUUGGCACUUCAAGAAUGUUGGUAAUCACACAAUAAUCCUGGAGAAUGCAUUCUAAAUAAAUUCUGCUUGCCAUUGUCAUGUAUAUAAGUGGUCUAAAUAUAAUGUAGUUUUCUGUCUGGUGCCAUGUUGCUGUUCACAAAUGUGAUUCAUAAAGUACAUUAUUGAGUUGGUUUGAUCUGUGUGAAUGUGAUUUGUUUCUGUAUUAGGCUUAGCUUAAUCUCAGUUAUGUAUGCAGGCAUGAUACAGUUUCAUUCGGUAUCUUAUGACAUUGCUGUAUGAGGCUGGAAGCUUUUAAAAUAUUGUAUUAUUAUUCAAAAUAUCUUGCAGUAUGUUAGGUAUGAUACAUAUGCAAGAUGUUUUGAAAGUGUAGUAGAAGGAGAGUUAACUUAUCUUCAGAAACAUUUGUACUUAUAUGCAGUAUUUUCUCUUCAGUCAGAAUUUUCCAUAACUUUCUACCUUUCCUUUAAAAGUAAAACCAGACUGAAAGGUUAGCUCUGUGAAUCACUGGUGCUUUUACUCUGAAUGUGUUAAAACUUUGAUAUUAAAUAACAAAACAGUAUUUUUGAGAAAUGUAAAAGUGGAACAGGUAUGCACAAAUUGUACCACAUGUAUAUGGAUGAAGUUGUGCUGGAUAUGAUCUAUCCACAUUAUUUCCAAUUUUAAAUUGUGUAAUACUGUAGAUUUAAAAUUUUUACAAAUAAAUUUUAUUGGUUUAAAAAU